CUGGCUUCGCUCCGAUCUUAACAGUCGUUAGUCCGUUUUCCGUCCGCAGUUGUGCCUAUCUCGUAGAUAAUUGGGGUGAAGGGUCACGUACACAAGUGACAAUCAAGCGUAAUCUAAUACUGAAAGGAGUGGCAAAGAGGGAUCGAAAAGGAGCCAUUGAAAGAUAUGAAUUAUCCAGCUGCAGUAUUGUGCUGUACGGCAUUCGUGCAACAACAUGCUGUGGAUAUCGUGGUUCCUUUACUUCUACCAUUUGUCCAGCUACGUGGCCGAGACCCACAGAGUAACGGGGAUAAAAAACGACGGUUUCCAACACACUUUGGGGCACCUCAAGCCACGUGCGGCACCAGAAGUUCAAGCAGAAGCAGCUAGAGAUGUGAUAUGGAGGAUCUUAGGGGAGGAUUACAAAAGAUUUCCAGUAUCCGUUGACCCCAGCAUAGGUCCGAUCGGCAAGGACGCUUUUCAGGUAUUCAAAAAUGUUCUCGGGCAAAUCGAAAUCAUCGGUACCACGGGAGUUGCUGCUGUAUGGGGUUUCCAUUACUACUUGAAAAAUUACUGCAAUUCACACAUCACUUGGGAAGGAUCGCGUAUAAAUUUGCCGAGUUUUUUUCAAGACGUCAACAUCACGAUAACUUCCAACGACAGGUUUCGAUAUUAUCAAAACGUCUGCACCGCAGGCUACAGUACAGCCUGGUGGGAUUGGCCCGAGUGGGAAAAACACAUCGACUGGAUGGCUCUCAAUGGAAUAAACUUGGCUCUAGCGUUCCAUGGCCAAGAAGCUAUUUGGGAACGUAUAUACCUGCAACUGAAUCUCACCAGAGCAGAUAUCGACGAACACUUUGGAGGACCGGCGUUUUUGCCUUGGGCUAGGAUGGGCAACAUUCGCGGCUGGGGUGGCCCGCUUCCCCCUACGUGGCAUCGACACACCGUCGACCUUCAGCACAAAAUUCUAAACAGAAUGAGACUGCUGGGAAUCGUACCUGUGCUCCCAGCUUUUUCAGGCCACGUACCAAGAGCCUUCCGAAAGAUUUUUCCAAAUGCGAGUUUGAUUCUAUCCGAUACCUGGAAUGGCUUCGACGAUCAAUACUGUUGCCCUUUUUUACUAGACCCAACGGAUCCACUGUUCAAAAGGAUAGGAACGAUGUUCUUAGAGGAGUACACGAACGAGUUCGGCACCGAUCACGUUUACAACUGCGACACGUUCAAUGAAAAUGAACCGAGUCGUAGCGAUCUGGAAUUCCUUGGUGAAAUCAGCCGCUCAAUUUUCUCGGCCAUUACAAACGUGGACCCCGAUGGAAUCUGGGUCCUGCAAGGAUGGUUGUUCGUUCAUGAAUUAUCAUUCUGGACAGAGCCGAGGGUAGAAGCCUUCCUCACCGCUGUGCCCGUUGGAAAAAUGAUAGUGCUGGACCUCCAAUCGGAGCAAUUCCCGUCGUACGAAAGACUCGGGUCUUAUUACGGGCAGCCAUUCAUCUGGUGCAUGCUUCACAAUUUCGGAGGAACGCUCGGGCUUCUCGGUUCGGCGAACAUCAUCAACAACCGAGUUUUCGAAGGUAGAAACAUGAGGAACAGCACGAUGAUAGGAACAGGACUCACCCCCGAAGGCAUCAAUCAAAAUUAUGUGAUGUACGAUUUGAUGACCGAAAUGGCUUAUCGACGUGAACCAGCCGAUCUCGAUAUCUGGUUUGAAAAAUACGCGACCAGGAGGUACGGCGCUUGGAACGAGUACGCGGUUCAAGCUUGGCAAAAACUUAGAACAUCGGCCUACGACUUCAACGGACCACAAAGAAUAAGAGGGAAAUACGUGAUCACCAGACAUCCCAGCACCAAAAUCAACCCUUGGGCUUGGUACAAACCUGAGGCUGUUUUGUCGGCGUGGGAUCUCCUGCUCAGAGCACGACACGGUAGGCGAAACGAUAUAUUCUAUCAACACGAUGUAGUCGACGUCACCAGGCAGGGAUUACAACUCACUGCGGAUACCCUUUAUUUGAAUAUCAUCCGCGGUUGGAAGAGCAAAAACAUUACUCAGGUUCGCCUGAACGGAGAGCUAUUUAUGGAUCUGUUCGACGAUUUGGAAAGAAUCUUGGCGUCGAACAAGGAUUUCUUAUUGGGAUCGUGGCUCGAGGCUGCGAAGAGGUUGGCCACGAACGAAGAUGAUAAAAAUUUGUACGAGUACAAUGCUCGGAAUCAAAUAACUCUGUGGGGGCCCAGAGGCGAGAUCCGAGAUUACGCGAACAAGCAGUGGUCCGGAUUAGUCGCCGACUACUACAAACCUCGAUGGGGGUUCUUUUUGUUCGCCUUGAAUUAUUGUCUGGUACACAAAAUUCCGUUCAACGCGACUGAAAUUGAUCUAGCGAUAUUCAACCAGGUCGAACAACCGUUCGCGAUAUCCAACAAGAUUUAUCCGACCUCCCCGCACGGAAACAGUGUCGAGAUAGCCGUUGCGUUGAAUAAAAAAUGGAGAACGAUAAAGCCGUCGUCGAAACUGAGAGUACUCAAGAACAAUCGUGGGUAAAAAUUCCUUGAUUAAUAAGUUAUUGAUGUCCACAACAAAAUGACUUUUCAAACUACGUGAUAUUUUAUCAGGGGGAUGAUAUUCAAGAAUAAUUGAAUCCACGACUGUAUGUCCCUCUCCACAACUAAAUUCUCUGUUAUAGUCUCAUCAAAGACGGAUAAAUGUGUCACAUAAUUUUUU